AUGAGUGAUCUACUUAAACGUGUUGCCAUUGUUGGCAGUGGUAACUGGGGUUCAACAAUAGCUAAAAUAGUCGGAACUAAUAUACUUAAAUUUAAUACAUUUGAAAAUGAAAUUCGCAUGUAUGUCUAUGAAGAAUUAGUAGAUGGUCGAAAACUUACAGAAAUUAUUAAUCAAGAACAUGAAAAUAUCAAAUAUUUACCUGGCCAUAAAUUUUCACAUAAUGUUGUAGCUUAUGCAGACGCUGUCGAAACUGUAAAAGAUGCUGAUAUAUUACUGUUCGUUUUGCCGCAUCAAUUCGUUGAAAUAAUAUGUAAUGCAAUUAAAUCACAUGUAAAGAAAACGGCUUUUAUUGUAUCUUUCUCAAAGGGUUUUUAUGUGAGUCAAGACAAACGCGUUGAUCUUCUUUCGACUGUCGUUAGUAGUUUACUUGAAGUUCCUUGCUAUGUAUUGAUGGGAGCUAAUAUUGCUAAUGAAGUUGCUGCUGGGACAUUUUGUGAAGCAACAGUUGGCUCACGAAAUUAUGAACAUGGACAAAUAGUCAAAGGUUUACUGCAAACAGAUGAAUUUCGUAUUGUGAUUAAGCCCGACGCAGAAGUUAUUGAAGUUCUUGGCGCUCUUAAAAAUAUUGUUGCAGUAGCUGCAGGAUUCUCCGAUGGAUUAGGAUAUGGUGACAAUACAAAAGCUGCUGUUAUUCGUCUUGGAUUAAAAGAAAUGGUUAAAUUUUGUGAAGAAUUUUUUCCCGGACAUCAUCCACAUAUAUUUUUGGAAUCGUGUGGUGUUGCUGAUCUUGUCACAACAUGUUAUGGUGGUCGUAAUCGUAAAGUAGCUGCAGCAUUCGUUAAAACAGGAAAAAAUAUAAAAACGCUCGAAGAAGAAAUGCUCAAUGGACAAAAAUUACAAGGACCUGAUGCAGCAGCUGAAGUUCAAGAAUGGCUCAAACAAAAAGGAAAAGCAAACAUAUUUCCAUUAUUUAUGGCUGUACAUGAAAUUUGUGAGCGACGUCUUGAACCAAAAGCUUUGAUCGAUGCUCUUCGUUAUCAUCCAGAAUUUUGGUAA